AUGGCGGACAAUCUGGCUGCAGAUGAGGAGACCUCUUCGGUGGUCGUAGUGACCCCCAUGGAGGGCUCUGAGAAGGGCGAUGCCACAGAUUCCCAGUCCCAAGCUCCCGGAAAGGAGGAUGGCCAACACGAGACCAAAGAGGAGGGCGGUGAAAACAAGCCAGCGUCGGAAGAGAAGGUCAUCGUCGGCAUGCUGUGCGGAACCAAAGACCUCUACCAGAAAUGGGACCAGAACCAACCCAACAAGUUCACAUGGACGGAAAAGUACCCAGAGGACCUGGAGGAGGCGGCCGAGAACGCAGAGACGAUGAAGUUCGCCAUUCUUGUGCGCAACAAGAAGAGCUACGACUCUCGAAAGAAGCUCGAGAUCGACAGCAUCGUCAUCCAAAGUCCUCUCAUCAAAAAGGUGCUUCACGAGGUCCUCAAAGACUACCCGGGCGUGACCACAACCAUGCAGAGGCUCGCCUUCUCAGCGCCUUUCCGCCCCUUUGUGCACCGCUGGGCAGAGCUGACCAGCGCGCUCACCAACGACGAGUAUGACGAGCCGACGCGCGCACACGUCAAGCUCCUGCACGAUGUCCUCUCGGCCGAGCUGGACGACGUCAUCGAGGCCAUGAAGGACUACAGGGCCAACAAGGUCGUAACCUAUGAGCACGUCUGGACCAUCUUCCAGCCGGGCUGCAUCGUCCUGGCCAGCCGCUACGGCCGGCCCAUCGCGAUGCGGCUGGAGCAGGGCCAGUACGUCCAGCACUGCCGCCUUGGCCCCGUCUUCCAACUCACCUGCGACAGGGUCGACUGGGACGGGUCCAAGUUUGGCUACGACGAGGCCCAGCAGAUCAUCACCCCAUUCCUGGGCACCAUGCCCAUCGAGGACCUCGCGUGCUGCCCGCUCCAGUACAGCCCGGACCCGGAGGGCGUCAGGGAGAUGCUCGUGGCCCGCGGCCGCGUAUUUGAGUCCCUGGCCGGCUACCACUACAAGAUGUACGUCGGGCAGGCCAUCGAGCAGAAGAAGUGGGGGCCGUCAAAGAUCUCAGUCGAUUCGAGGAUCGUCAUCGACGCCUUUGCCCACGACAAGUGGAACCCGAACCACCAGAGCUCGCUCAAAUCACUCAACAAGGUGCAGGCCGCCCGCGCGGCCCAGCUCGACGCCGAGGACGGUGGCGACUACAACGCCCAGGAAACCUACACCUACGACGGCUACCAAGAGGAGCAACGCGAGGAGGAGCUGCUUGAGGACCUCAAGCCCGUCAUCCCGCUGACCGAGGAGCAGCUGCUGCUCUGCACGCCCAUGCUCAAGGGCUGGGCCCUCAAGAGCAAGAAGUGGCUCGAGUUCUACGUCGACAGCGUGUCCGAGGUGCGCUUCAACGACCGCGCCUUUGACAGCCUCGUGCUGCCGCGGGGCCAAAAGUCGCUCAUCCUGGCCUUUGCUCGCAGCCAGGCCCAGAACAAGGACCGGAUCGACGACGUCAUCGCCGGCAAGGGCAAGGGCAUCAUCAUGCUGCUCUCUGGCGGGCCCGGCAUCGGCAAGACUCUGACUGCCGAGGCGGUAGCCGAGGAAAUGCGGGUGCCGCUCUACGUCAUGAGCGCCGACGACCUCGGACAGACGUCGUGGGAGGUCGAGUCGAACCUCCUGCAGGUCCUCGAGAUGGUAGCCAAGUGGAACGCGGUUUUGCUGCUGGACGAGUGUGACAUUGUUCUCGAGCGCCGUACGAGCACGGACCUGGACCGGAACCGCAUCGUCGGGAUUUUCCUCCGCACCCUGGAAUACUACGAGGGCAUCCUCUUCCUGACCACCAACCGGGUCGACUGCAUGGACGAGGCCUUCCAAUCACGCAUCCAUCUCAGCCUCGAGUACCCGCCGCUCGACGUGGACGCGAGGCGAAGCGUCUGGAGCGGCUUCCUCGAGAGGCAAGGUGCCGAUGAAAAUUCCGAGAGCCAGCACACCGUCACAUCGGACGAGAUCGAGAGGCUGGCCAGUUUGGAGCUUAACGGAAGGCAGAUCAGGAAUGUGCUCAAGACGAGCAACCUGCUGGCCUUUCACCAAGGAGAGAAGCUGGGCUUUGAUCACCUGAGGACUGUUCUGGAGGUUGAGGGCCGUAAGCUUGACGUAUAA